AUGGCGGGGCCAGGGGGUGAAGGGGACCUGCGGCACCUGCUGAAGCUGCACCGCACUGAGAUCGCCAUGGCGGUGGAUGACGUCUUUCCGCUGCUGCACGGCCUGGCCGACCAUGACAUCGUCCCUGAGCACAUCUUCAAGGAGACGCUGAGCCAGACAGAGCGGGAGGGCUCCCACCGUGCUUUCCAUGCGCUGCUCACCUGGCUGCUGGGCCGCGACACUGCCACUGUCCGCGACUUCUGGGCCGUCCUCUUCAAGGACUACAACCUGGAGCGGUACACCAGGCUCCGGCCCCUCCGUGGUGCCUUCCCCAGAGAGGUGGAACUGGGGCGGCAGCGCCGCAGCAGGCGCCUGUCCCCCAGCCCCACGGCACCGGCUCCACACAGACCCCAAGGCAAGAGGAAAGCCCCCGAGGAGCGGGAUGGGGCCCGGGCGGUGCAGCCCUCCCCACGGCACACCACCAGCCCCGGGCCCCUGGCAAAGGCAAGAACCCUGAAGAAGCCAGAGAGCGCGGAUGCUCCCCACACCCCUCGUGCUGGUGGCAGCUCCAAGAUGGGCAGCAAAGCUGGGGACGAGCCAUACGCCCUGGCCGCCUGCGAGGAGCCAGGGGCCAGGAGCAGAAGCCACAGCCUGAAGCCCGCCACCCGGUCCAAGGCAUCGCAAAGUGAAAACGAGGACGAGUGUGCAGCGUGCGGUGAUGGUGGUGAGCUCAUCUGCUGUGAUGGCUGCCCCAGAGCCUUCCACCUUUCCUGCCUGGUGCCCCCACUGCCAUGUGUCCCCAGCGGGACAUGGCGGUGCGGCUCCUGUGUGGCGAGCAUGGCCGAGCCAGGCCAGCUGCGGGAGGUGGAUGUGGAGCAACUCCCCAAGAUCCCGGGGGAGGAGGUGUGCAGCACCCGGCAGGGCGGAGGCGAUGGGAGCAUCUGCGGCCGCUGCUUCACCCAGAUCCCUGCACCCCGACACUGCCCCACGCCCAGUGGGGACUCCGGGGGCUGGGAGCUGAGAGGUGCAGGCGGAAGGCAGACAGGAAAGCGGACAGGACGUCUCCUCCCACAGGCAGAGGAUGUCUCCCAUGGCAGCGAGCCGGUGCUGAGCAGGGACGAGCUCGACGCACUCCUGGGUGAGGGUACCUGGGACGGGAUCCUGCAGUGGGCAUUCCAGAGCAUGUCGCGGCCCCUCGCAGACACACAUGGGCUCUUCAACUAG